AUGGUGCGCUUACCGUUGCCGCAACGGCUCAGCACUCAUCUGAGCACCAAAAGCACCAACACCACUCCCGGCCAAAGCAGAAGUACCAGUCCCAUGAGAAUGUCCGACGCGAAGCAGUUGAUCCUCAAGGUCUCCGUUCUACGGGGGAGAAACCUAGCAGCCAAGGACAGAGGAGGAACCAGUGACCCGUAUUUAAUAGUGACACUGGGAGACGCCCGCCAAUCGACACCCACGAUACCCAAGACACUGAACCCAGAAUGGAAUGUGACAUUUGAAAUGCCCGUGGUCGGAGUACCGCUCUUGGAGUGCAUCUGCUGGGAUCACGAUCGUUUUGGCAAGGACUACAUGGGCGAAUUCGACAUUGCUUUGGAGGAGAUAUUCACCCACGGCGAGGUCCAUCAACAGCCGACAUGGUACACUCUUCGUUCGAAACGGAAGCCUUCCAAGAAGAAGGAUAGUAUCAUCUCCGGCGAGAUCCUGCUGCAGUUCUCGCUCCUCGACGCCGCGAACCCGAAUGCCCCGCCAGAGGAGGUCUACCAGAAGUUCAGGAACCUGGUAUGUGCUGGCGACGAGGAGGAUGAAUUCCCUCAGGUUCCUUCGUUGUCACUGGAGGAUGCCGACAGGGACGAAGAGACGUCGGAUGAGACGGAUGAUCCUACCAAGCCAGAGGUGGUGGAGAAGCGAAGAAGGAGACUGCGGCUCAAACGAUUGAAACGCAAAUCUCUGGCAGCAAGAGCCUACCAGUUCUCUGGCGUAGGCAACGGCGUGCAUGGUAUCGUGUUUAUGGAGAUUGUGAGGGUGACGGAUCUUCCGCCGGAACGGAAUGUGACGCGUACCUCCUUCGACAUGGAUCCUUUUGUUGUUACCUCACUUGGAAGAAAGACACUUCGAACACCGGUGGUUCGUCACAACCUCAAUCCAGUAUACAACGAAAAGAUGGUCUUCCAGGUCAUGAAACACGAAACCUCUUAUACAAUCGGCUUCACCGUCAUGGACCGGGACAAAUUUUCGGGAAAUGACUUCGUCGCGUCUGCAGGAUUUCCACUGCCAACAUUGAUCCAGUCCGCGCCCGACGCUGACCCCGAAACCGGACUCUAUGAUUUAUCAAAUCAGACCCCUGAUCUGACGAGCUCUGAAUCCGAUAUUGCUGCCAGGCCAGCCCCUAAGAUCUCAGUCAGUCCCUCGCCGUCGACCAGCAGCCUAUCCAAGUCACCUAGAUUGGGCACGUCGCCGAGGGGCUCCUCUACGUCCCUGGCGAGCCAGUCACAACAGGGAGAGUCGACGUUGCUCCCUCCCCGAAGCGUCCCGGACGAGGCCGAUGUUCCCAGUUUCUCCAGCUCCCCUACCCUGGCCAACUUCACCGUCUCCCCGCUCGAGGCCGACAGCGAAGGACUUCGAGUUUACCGCAUUCCACUUAGUUUGAAAAACAAGGAAAGAUGGGAAGACAAGCAUUCGCCUGAGCUCAUGGUCAAGGCUAAGUAUAUGCCCUACCGUGCCCUGCGUCAGCAGUUUUGGCGACUCAUGCUCAAACAAUACGAUGCGGACGAUAGCGGCCGAAUUGACAAGCUUGAGAUGACUACCAUGCUUGAUACUCUGGGUUCCACCUUGAAGGAGUCUACGAUUGAUAGUUUCUUCGAGCGCUUCAGUAUGGAAAAUGAAUCAAGCGAGACUUUGGACUUGACUUUCGACCAAGCAGUGAUUUGCCUGGAGGAUACUCUUCAGGCCCUCCAGAAAGACCCGAGAUCGGCCAACCAAAAGGUCUCGCCAACACCAUCUACGAUUAGCCAGGACAGCGAAGAUCAGUCCAGUGGUGAUGAGCUCAUUGCUGGCCCUAACGCUGACCUACCAGUCAACCAUAACCCUCAAACUACACAUGUCCCCACUAUUCCCACCGACGAACAGCCCAGCUCGACUGAUGAAGACCUCCAGCCGGAUGACCUGGGAGAUGAACGCGGCGUGGAGCAUGUCAUUGAGCUUCGGGAAUGUCCCCUCUGCCACCAACCGCGGCUCUCGUCUCGUUCAGAUGCCGAUAUCAUCACGCACAUUGCUACAUGCGCAAGCCGGGACUGGCGGCAGGUAGACAAUCUUGUCAUGGGCGGAUUCGUGACCUCAAGCCAGGCGCAGCGCAAAUGGUAUACCAAGGUCAUUACGAAGAUUGGCUAUGGUGGCUACAAGCUGGGAGCCAACUCGGCCAACAUCCUUGUCCAGGACCGAAUCACUGGUCAGAUCAACGAGGAACGCAUGAGUGUCUACGUCCGACUGGGAAUUCGAUUGUUGUAUAAGGGCCUUAAGAGCAGGGAGAUGGAGAAGAAGCGAAUUCGCAAAAUCCUGAAGUCUAUGAGUAUCAAGCAAGGUAAGAAGUACGAUGAUCCUGCGUCUGCAAGCCAGAUCCGGGACUUCAUCAACUUCCACCAACUUGAUAUGUCGGAAGUCUUGUUGCCGCUUGAAAAGUUUAACAACUUUAAUGAGUUCUUCUACCGUGCACUGAAGCCGGGUGCUCGGCCCUGCUCAGCGCCCGAUGAGCCCAGAAUUGUGGUGUCACCUGCUGAUUGUCGGGCGGUCGUCUUCGACCGUAUGGAUGAAGCGACCGGCAUCUGGGUCAAAGGACGAGAGUUUUCCAUUGAGCGCCUCCUCGGCGAUGCUUACCCGGAGGACGUGAAUCGCUACAAGAAUGGAGCGCUGGGAAUUUUCCGUCUGGCCCCGCAGGAUUACCAUCGGUUCCAUAUCCCCGUGGACGGAGUUAUGGGAACCCCUAAAACCAUUGAGGGCGAGUACUACACGGUCAAUCCCAUGGCAAUCCGCUCUGCGCUCGAUGUGUAUGGCGAGAACGUGAGAGUACUCGUGCCAAUUGACUCUGUGGCUCAUGGCCGUGUCAUGGUGGUCUGUGUUGGAGCCAUGAUGGUUGGAAGCACAGUCAUUACACGAAAGGCUGGGGAGCAGGUUUCACGGGCCGAGGAGCUCGGCUACUUUAAGUUUGGAGGAAGCACCAUUCUUCUGCUCUUCGAAGACGGGUCGAUCAAUUUCGACAGUGACUUGGUGGAUAACUCGAAGGGUCCCUUGGAAACUUUGAUCCGAGUCGGCAUGUCUGUGGGUCACCGUCCUGAUGUCCCUCAGUUUGAACCGGAUAUGCAGAAGAAGACCGAGGAUAUCUCUCUUGAGGAGAUGCAAUCCGCCAAACGUCGGAUUGAAGGCAGCCUGGCUCCCCCAACGGAAGCUGCCCCUGCCAUCCCAUAG